AGUUUCUUCGACCGGCUUUUCGGUACCAUUUUGGCGACCCAGAUGGGACAAGGCUUCUGAGGCUCGACAGACGUGGGAUCGCAGGACCUCCAGCCGGCACCGAGAUUUCUCGGAGAGACCCUUGAUCCCUGUUCCCCGGGCUCACAAGCCAAGGCCACUGGUAUUGAUAAUGGGAACAGGACAGUCAAGUGAACUCCCUAAAAAAUCACCUCUGGGGUGUGUUUUAAAGCACUGGAAACAGCUGGAGGGUGUCCCGGGUGGCAACCUGCGGAGAGAAGACUUUAUUAAAUACUGUAAUCAUUGGUGGCCUCUGUAUAAGCUUGACGAAUGGGAAAAGUGGCCUGUGAAUGGGACGCUGCAUUAUAACACCAUGUUACAACUGAUGUUAUUUUUGAGAGUGGCUUUGUUGUUACAGGACGGCUACCGAAAGCAGAGGAUCAUACCAGUCGAAGUAAAUAAUGCUGUAAUUCCCAUCGUCUGGGCUGAGGAAGUUCCUGGUAAAUCCAAAAGAGCAGAGCCUGUGAGAAUUGAUUUAAAGCCAGGAUCGAGUCUGCUGAGACAGAAGAUGGUUUACCCUGCUGUGUUUUUAACAACUGAUCAACUUGAAGGAGAACUGGAACAUGGCUGCCUGCAGACAAUUGAAGAAGUCUGCUCCAGCCAACCGGAUCUCCGAGGUGCGCCACCGGAAGAAAAAGAUUGGGAGCUAUAUACCGACGGAAGCAGUUUCAUCCGUGAAGGAAAACGUUUAUCAGGAUAUGCGGUAACCACUACUGAGAAGGUAACUGAAUCACGAGCUUUGCCUUCAGAUGUAUCUGCCCAAAAGGCUGAAUUGAUAGCUCUUACUCGAGCACUGGAACUACGUCAAGGAAAACGAAUCAGCAUUUGGAGAGACUCAAAGUAUGCUUUUGGGGUAGUACAUGCACAUGGAGCAAUAUGGAAAGAAAGAGGACUGUUAUCUGCACGAGGAACCACCAUUCAGCAUGCAGAACAAAUACUGAAAUUGUUAGAAGCCAUUCAAAAGCCAACAGGAGUCGCGAUAAUGCACUGUAAAGCACAUCAGUCAGGUAGGACUGUCCUUGAAACAGGUAACGGAUUGGCUGAUAGAGCUGCUAAAGAGGCUGCAGAAAAAGGCAUCCUAGCACUAGUUCCAGAGAAAAGUGUAAAUUUACCGAAAGAUGCUCCAAAUUAUAAUGAAAAAGAUGAAGAAUUAACUAUUAAACUGCAGGCUAAUCGAAAUGAAACAGGAUGGGCUGUAACACCAACAGGUCAAAUAAUAGUCCCACCUGCAAUAAUGAGAGAAAUUGCCCGGGCUGAAAAUAACAAAGUACGUUAGGGAACAGAAAACCUUGUUAAACAUUUACAAAAGUGUAUUUUGAAUAGAGAUAUGACAAAAAUUAUUCGAAUAAUUACAAUUGGGUGUGAAAUUUGUAUACGCAAUAAUCCCCAAACCAAUAAUAAAAUCACUUUUGGAGUUACGAAACAAGGAGAUUCUCCAGGAAAGUAUCGGCAAAUUGAUUUUACAGAAUUGCUUCAAUAAGAGGGAUAUUGAUAUAUCCUAGUUCUAGUUGAUACCGUUACUGGGUAGCCUGAAGCUUUCCCUUGUCGCACCAACAAAACAAGAGAAGUAUUUAUCAUCAUUGUUAUAAUCCGCAUCACUUUUAGCUGUCUUAAAACGAGCUGUGACACAAUCUAUGUUCAAGUGAGACUACUAAAAGAAUUAGUAGCCUCAAACAGAAAGGGGGGGAAUUGAUAGCAUAUUUCCAUACAUUCUGUAUGGUAUAUCUAAAUAUUUUGAUGGU